AUGACAUUUCUUGCACCCCCAGGAGUGCCGACGGUAGCCAUAGUAACAGGCCUCAUCCCCACCACUUACAAGUGUCAUUCCCUGUGGUUUGGCUUCCUGUGUGUCCGCCUGGUGAUCCUCUUCCUGGCAGAGCUGCCUGUUACCAAACUGGAGGCUGACUCAACCUGCAAUGGCACUGGGGACCGCAUCUGCUCCAGAGUCUGUUUUCAUAGGCACUUCCACAAACCUAUGACGGUGGCCUGGAACUUUAUCUUCGUGCUGGGUGUCCUCUCUGUCCUGCUGAUGGAGCUGUUUUCCUCCCACUUGUGCUCCCUGACUAAGAAGAGGAGCUCUCAUGGAAGGACUGAUGUGGAGCUGGAGGCCCAGGUUGUGUACAAACCCGGGGCCAAGAUGGUCAUAGAUCUCCACAGAGACAGAGGCACAGUAGGGUUCUACUUACUAAGCAUCAGCCUGCAUAUUCUGGCUGAAACAUAUUUAUAUACACAUAUUCUGCUUUCUUGGAACUUGCCAACGUUGAAUUUUAGGUCCAUAUGCUCCACAGACAUCUGCUCAGAGUUGCAUGUUUGUGUUUUGAGGGCUGCCCCAGAGAAACAAUCUGUUUAUGCCUUUGCUUCCAUCUCAGGCAUGAUUAGUUCAACCCUAUUUUGUAUGUGCUCCAGUGCUCACUGCCUUUGCAACUUUUAA